AUGAUGAGUAAAGAAGAGAGGAAUUAAAAUCAAAAUCAGCCUUUCUUAACAUUUGGAGAUUAUGAGAAGGUGAAAUUUACCUUCAGUGGAUUAGACAAGUAUAUCGUUAUGGAGUUAAAUACAAAAAUUGCUUUAGAAGAUUUGAAGUUCACAUUUGCCAAUAUAUUAAAAACAGAUUUUUUUGCGAAAAAGCUUGAGUAUCAUGUCACUAAAGGAUUUCAGGAUAAGACUUUAUCCGCUUAAAAGUCUUUAGCUCAUUAGGAAAUUUAAAGCCUUUUUAGAGGCCCAGGUUAAUAAUUGAACAUACAAGUAAAAUUUAUUGAGGAGGGAGCUUGA